UACAUUUUGAGAAUACACUUUUAUAGAAUGUGGAAAUGGAAAAUUCCGACAACAUCGAAGGAGUUCAUGAAAUCGAAGUCACUAAUAUCACGAAGGAAGGCCACCCGAGAGCCGAUCCAAGUCAGUUUAAAUUGCUUCAAGUGCUAGGUCAAGGUUCAUUUGGAAAGGUUUUUUUAGUGAAAAAGGUUACGGGUCCUGAUAGCGGUACUCUAUACGCAAUGAAAGUAUUGAAGAAAGCUACGUUGAAAGUUCGGGAUAGAAUGAGAACAAAAAUGGAGAGAGACAUUUUGGCCGAAGUCAGUCAUCCUUUCAUUGUUAAACUCCAAUAUGCUUUUCAAACUGAAGGAAAAUUAUAUCUCAUCUUAGAUUUUUUAAAAGGUGGAGAUUUAUUCACAAGACUUAGUAAAGAAGUAAUGUUUACCGAAGAUGACGUAAAAUUUUAUUUAGCGGAAUUAGCAUUAGCGUUAGAUCAUCUGCAUAAUCUCGGAAUUAUAUAUCGAGAUCUAAAACCCGAAAAGUUAGUAAUGUUUACCGAAGAUGACGUAAAAUUUUAUUUAGCGGAAUUAGCAUUAGCGUUAGAUCAUCUGCAUAAUCUCGGAAUUAUAUAUCGAGAUCUAAAACCCGAAAAUAUCUUGCUGGAUGCGGACGGGCACAUACGUCUGACGGAUUUCGGACUGAGCAAGGAAGCUCUCAGCGACCAAAAGACAUAUUCAUUUUGCGGUACCGUAGAGUACAUGGCGCCCGAAGUUAUCAAUAGGAAGGGUCAUACAACGGCUGCCGACUGGUGGUCUUUCGGAGUCUUAAUGUUUGAAAUGUUGACUGGAGCAUUGCCGUUUCAAGGCACGAAUAGGAAAGAAACUAUGAUGCAGAUACUGAAAGCCAAAUUGGGAAUGCCACAGUUUUUAAGUCCGGAAGCGCAAAGUCUUCUCCGAGCACUCUUCAAAAGAAAUCCGGCAAACAGAUUAGGAUCGGGACCGGAAGGCGUGGAGGAUAUUAAGUGUCAUCCAUUUUUCGCGACAAUCGACUGGGACAAAUUGUACAGGAGAGAAAUUACCCCACCCUUCAUCCCGGCAGUCAGCAGGGCCGAUCACACUUUCUAUUUCGAUAAAGAAUUCACCACGAGGACACCAGAAGAUUCUCCGGGAGUACCACCCAGUGCCACCGCUCACGAAUUAUUUAGAGGUUUCAGCUUCGUGGCUUCCACCCUAUUGGACGAGGGUUGUCAAAAGACCGAGAACGACGCCACCAAUCAGGUGACGGGCAAGAGUCUGACGUACAAGGACACCAUCUACAAGGAGUACGAGUUUAAGGAGAAUCUAGGAACCGGCAGUUACUCCGUCUGUCGUCGUUGCAUCCACAAAGAAUCGGGAAGGGAGUACGCCGUUAAGAUUGUAAAUAAGUCGAAGAAGGACUGCCAAGAGGAGAUCGAGAUCCUGCUGCGUUACGGACAGCAUCCUAACAUCGUCACGCUUUACGACGUUUACGAAGACGCCACCUCCGUCUACCUGGUGAUGGAGUUGCUGAAGGGGGGCGAGCUGCUGGACAAGAUCCUCAGCAAGAAGUUCUUCAGCGAGAGGGAAGCUAGCGCCGUGCUCGAGGUCAUCUGCAGGACCAUCAAGUACCUGAAUGACAACGGGGUGGUUCACCGGGAUCUGAAGCCGUCGAACAUCGUCUAUGCGGACCAAUUGGAAAACCCCGAAUGCCUGAGAGUGUGCGAUUUUGGCUUUGCUAAACAGAUCAGGGCGGAGAACGGGCUGCUGAUGACCCCCUGUUACACGGCCAAUUUCGUGGCUCCGGAGGUGCUCAAGAGGCAGGGCUACGACGAGGCCUGCGACGUUUGGAGCAUGGGCGUUCUGCUCUACACUAUGUUGGCUGGGCAUUCUCCGUUCGCCAACGGACCCAACGAUACACCAGGCGAAAUUCUGGCCAGGAUCGGAGAGGGCAGGUUCGAGCUGACCGCGGGUAACUGGACGAACAUCAGUUCUCCCGCCAAGCAUUUGGUACAGAAGAUGCUGCACGUGGACCCCAAGCAGCGGUACAGAGCGGGAGACAUCCUGAACCACGUGUGGAUCACGGGCCGGGACCGCUUGCCCAGCGUUCAACUAUUACACCAAGAAGCCCAAUUGGUCAAGGGAGCCACGGCCGCCACCUUCGACGCCAUCAGCAAUUACCCGACGCCCCCCAACCUGGAACCGGUGGCCGCCUCGGAGCUGGCCAGAAGAAGAGCCAGGACGCGACCCAAGUCGUCGGCGGAAGCGUAGGAGGAGGAGGAGGCGAGACACGAGCCGGGGCCCCACCCCCUUCCGUCUCGGACGAACGAGGGCGGGCCGCGGCCAGGCGCCUCGUCUUGGAUUUUUUUUAAAAAAGAAAAGCUCUAACUUAUUUCCAGCGGCCCGCUUGGGCCCCUUGUACAGAAGAAGACGAAUAAGAAAUUGUGUAUCAAGCGCGGGUGCUCCGCUUUUUUGUUUUCUGUUGCUCUUUUUUUAAAAAAAAAAAAUGUGGUUUAGACGUCGUUCCGGAUGACCUACAACGAAAAACGCCCGACAACGUUCCGAUUUUUGUACUCUACCUCUGUCACGUGAUCAGUGGAUGUCAAGCUCGGCAGCAAUAUCUAUUUUCUCUCAAUCUUUUUUCUCUUUUACUCUCUCUAACUCUGUCUCAUUUGUAAAAUUUUGACUUUCAAUAAACCGACAUCGCAUCCUUC